UCUUUUCCUUCUAUAUAUUCUCCUUAGGGCUCUUUGAUUCUGCUUCCUCAAUGCAUACCACGCCAUUUCUGCGCAAUGUCGGGCGAGCAACAUCCUUGACUCCUUCAGCAGCGCUGUUGGAACGCGUCAAACGACCAGGGUAUUUACAGAAAUUGGCGAAACCAGAAGACUUAGUGCCGAUGUUCAAGCACGAUGAUUAUAUCGGUUGGUCCGGGUUUACUGGCGUUGGAUAUCCCAAGACUAUCCCUACGGCUAUUGCGGACGACAUUGAAUCUAAAAACCUACAGGCUAAUCCCGAAACGAAGAAGAAAUUCAACCUUUUUGUCGGGGCUUCAGUUGGACCUGAAGUUGAAGAUCGUUGGGCUGCCCUCGACAUGAUUGCCCGUCGUUAUCCUCACCAAGUCGGGAAGGAAGUCUCCAAAGGUAUCAACGCAGGCAGAAUCGAGUUCGCCGAUAAACACCUUUCUAUGUUCCCCCAGGAUCUCACGUACGGCUACUAUUCCCUUCACAAAACACACGGUGAUCCCAAAAAGCCUUUGGACUGGGCCAUCGUUGAAGCUACUUCUAUCAACUCUGAUGGCCACAUUGUCCCAGGAGCCUCCGUCGGCGCGUCACCCGAAAUCCUUCAAUCCGCUGAAAAAAUCAUCAUCGAAGUAAACACUCGUAUACCAAACCUCGAGGGUCUUCACGACAUCAAUUCAUCUUUCCUUCCACCCCAUCGACAACCAUAUCUUAUCACACACCCCUCAGACCGGAUUGGGUCCACAGCCAUUCCCAUUGACCCUGACCGUGUCGUGGCGAUCAUUGAGAGCGACAAGCCAGAUAACACUGGGCUGAAUGCUCCAGAGAACGAUGAAAGUCGGGCUAUUGCUAAACAUCUGAUAGAGUUUUUAGAGAAGGAGGUCAAGGAAGGCCGCUUACCCAAGUCGUUAUUGCCAUUGCAAUCUGGGAUUGGGAAUGUGGCGAAUUCGAUUAUUGGUGGGUUAGCUGAAGGUCCGUUUGAUAAUGUUCAGGUGUGGACGGAGGUAUUGCAGGAUACCUUCCUCCGGUUCUUCGAUUCUGGAAAGUUGGACUUCGCAACGGCUACCUCAAUCCGUUUCAGCCCUGAUGGUUUCGACCAUUUCUACAAAAACUGGACAAACUACAAAGACCGCUUGCUUCUUCGUUCUCAGCAGGUCGCAAACUCACCGGAAAUCAUCCGUCGUCUUGGUAUCAUUGCUAUGAACACACCGCUGGAGGUUGACAUUUACGGACACGCAAAUUCAACGAAUGCCUUAGGAUCUCGGAUGCUCAACGGUCUCGGAGGCUCUGCAGAUUUCCUUAGAAAUGCCAAAAUCUCGAUAAUGCAUACGCCUUCUACCCGACCUAGCAAGAACGAUCCAACGGGCAUCAGUUGCAUUGUACCAUUUGCAUCGCAUGUUGAUCAAACUGAACACGAUCUUGAUGUGAUCGUUACCGAACAAGGCCUCGCAGACGUCCGUGGUCUGUCCCCUCGCGAACGUGCAAAGGUUAUCAUCGACAAGUGUGCUCACCCCGAUUAUAAGGAUUUGUUGCAUUCGUAUUACGAUCGCUCUUUGCAUGAAUGUUUGAAGCGAGGUGCUGGGCACGAACCGCAUAUGUUGAGGAAUGCGUUCAAGUUCCAUACUCAUUUCUUAGAGCACGGAAACAUGAAAGUCAAGAACUGGGAUUAGAAGCGUUGUGUAGAGUAUAUGUUCAUAUAGAGAGAUCAUGAGCUAUGGUUUAGACGUUUAGGUUAUCAGGAAGCAGGUGGCGUGCUAGGAGCGCGGAAGACUGAACUUUCAAAAUUGGACUAUAGGUCGUUGUAAUACUACUAAUAGGGUCGGUAGUGGGAUGAAGCCGUAGUAAUGCUGAACCGAAAAUGAAUUUUCAGGUUUAUCAGAAGACUAUUGGUGGUCAGUCAGUUCUUCAAG